AUUGUGUGUUUUAUUUGGGUAAGUGAAAGUGAUUCUUUUUACUUAAUUUUGACAGCAAUCAUCUAUGGAGGUCAAUGUUUCCUCUGAAGAGAUUACAUUUGUUCACCAGCAAGCCUUCCGUUGGGAGCUGAAUGAGGCACUUCUGAUAAAAGUGAUUGUGGCCCUGUCCACAUCCCUGCUUUCUGUCUAUGUGAACAGCCUUAUGUUCUUCACUUUGAGGAGCAAGCCCAUCUUCAGGGAGACGUCCCGCUACAUCCUCUUUGCUAACAUGCUCUUCAAUGAUUCUCUCAACCUGAUGGGCAGCACAGUGUUGUACUCAUUCGCCCUGGCAUACCUGCACCUGGUUAAGGCCCUCUGUGCACUGGUGAUGUUGAUGACUACUGUGACUUUGAACAACACCCGACUGAAUCUGGCUGUGAUGUCACUGGAGCGUUACGUGGCUAUCUGCUUCCCCCUCCGGCAUGCAGAGAUCGCCACGCAGAGUAGGACAGCCAUUGCCAUUGGAGCAGUCUGGUUUCUCAGUUCCCUCAACUUUGUGAUUGACAUGUUCUACACCACUGUGGCAGAUCCCCACUCUUUCACUACACCCAUAUUUUGCACACGGGAGAGGAUGUGUAUUGCUCAGUGGCAAAUUGAUAUGUAUCAGGGCUUCAAUGGUUUUUUCUUUGUGACUGUGGCUGUAAUUCUGAUCUACACAUACAUUGGCAUUAUGGUAGCAGUCAGGUCCGUCUCCACAAACAAGGAUUCAGCUAAGAAGGCCCGAAAGACUGUGCUCCUCCACUUGAUUCAGCUGGGACUGUGUCUCACCUCUUUUCUGUACGGCCUCCUUGAGCGUAUAAUGGCCACGGCUGGUGCUGCUCUGUUCAUGCACCUGCGCUUUUUUAACUUUUUUACCCUCAUCAUCCUUCCCCGAUUCCUGAGUCCCCUGAUUUACGGCCUGAGGGAUGAUGCUUUGCGACCCCUCUUCCUCAGAUACUUCAGAUGCAGGCCUGGAAAAGUCAAGCCUGUUGCAAUUGGACACUAAAACACAUUUUAAAAUGUUAACUGUAAAAUCUAAUAAAAACUUUUUUUGUUCAAAAAGAUGACAAGGACAUUGUGUGCUAAUGUAAUGUGUGAGAACAAAAUAAAUGGUGGACACCUUGGAUAUAUCCUUGUUUUUAUGAUGAUUUAUUUUUACUGUAA